AUGGUGUCUUCUGGCUGCAGAAUGCAAAGUUUUUGGUUUCUGCUCCUUAUCAGCUUCCUGCAGUGCACUGAAGGUUUCAGCCGAGCAGCACUACCAUUCGGUUUGGUUAGGAGAGAGCUCUCCUGUGAAGGCUACUCCAUUGAUCUCCGGUGUCCAGGGAGUGAUGUUAUUAUGAUAGAAAGUGCUAACUAUGGACGGACAGAUGACAAGAUUUGUGAUGCAGACCCUUUCCAGAUGGAGAACACAGAAUGCUUCCUUCCAGAUGCCUACAAAAUUAUGACACAAAGGUGCAACAACCGAACACAGUGUAUAGUAGUUACUGGGUCAGAUGUGUUUCCUGAUCCUUGUCCUGGAACAUACAAAUAUCUAGAAGUUCAGUAUGAAUGUGUUCCUUAUAUGGAGCAAAAAGUUUUUGUUUGCCCGGGGACGUUGAAAGCAGUUGUGGACUCACCGUAUUUAUAUGAAGCCGAACAAAAAGCAGGUGCUUGGUGCAAAGAUCCUCUCCAGGCUGCAGAUAAAAUAUACUUCAUGCCAUGGACUCCAUAUCGCACUGAUACUUUGAUAGAAUAUGCUUCUUUAGAGGACUUCCAAAAUGGACGCCAGCAGACAACGUAUAAACUCCCAAAUCGAGUGGAUGGUACUGGAUUUGUAGUUUAUGAUGGCGCUGUCUUUUUUAACAAGGAAAGAACUAGGAACAUAGUAAAAUUUGACUUGAGGACUAGAAUUAAGAGUGGAGAGGCCAUAAUCAAUUAUGCUAAUUAUCAUGACACCUCUCCAUACCGAUGGGGAGGAAAGACUGAUAUUGACUUGGCAGUUGAUGAGAAUGGCUUAUGGGUAAUUUAUGCUACGGAGCAAAACAACGGGAUGAUAGUAAUUAGCCAGCUGAACCCCUACACCCUGCGUUUUGAGGCCACCUGGGAAACAGCCUACGACAAACGGGCGGCAUCCAAUGCUUUCAUGAUAUGUGGUGUCCUGUAUGUGGUGCGCUCAGUGUAUCAGGACAAUGAGAGUGAGACUGGCAAGAACACUAUCGAUUACAUCUACAACACCAGGUUAAGCAGAGGCGAGCACGUGGACAUUCCUUUCCCCAACCAGUACCAGUACAUCGCCGCAGUGGAUUAUAACCCCAGAGACAAUCAGCUGUAUGUAUGGAAUAACAACUUCAUUCUGCGAUAUUCUUUGGAGUUUGGCCCACCUGAUCCUGCCCAAGUGCCUACCACAGCAGUGACAAUAACUUCUUCAGCAGAGCUAUACAAAACCACUGUGUCAACCACUAGCACUACAUCACAGAAAGGUCCCAUAAGCACAACAUUAACUGGAGGAACAAAGGAAGGAAGCAGAGGACCCAAGCCACCGCCACCCAUUUCCACAACCAAAAUUCCUCCCGUGACAAGUUUUUUCCCUUUACCAGAGAGAUUCUGUGAACCAACUGAGGCCAGGGAUAUCAGCUGGCCUCAGACACAAAGAGGAAUGAUGGUUGAACGCCCUUGCCCAAAAGGAACACGAGGAACUGCCUCGUAUCUGUGCUUGGUCUUAACGGGAACGUGGAACCCCAAAGGCCCUGAUCUUAGCAACUGCACCUCACACUGGGUAAAUCAGCUGGCUCAGAAGAUCAGAAGUGGAGAAAAUGCUGCUAGUCUGGCCAAUGAACUGGCUAAACACACCAAAGGACCAGUCUUUGCUGGUGAUGUUAGUUCAUCAGUGAGGCUGAUGGAGCAGCUUGUGGACAUUUUGGAUGCUCAGCUGCAAGAACUGCGGCCCAGUGAAAAAGAUUCUGCUGGAAGGAGUUAUAACAAGCUCCAAAAACGAGAGAAGACAUGCAGGGCUUACCUUAAGGCAAUUGUGGAUACUGUGGACAACCUGCUCAGGCCUGAAGCUCUGGAGUCAUGGAAGGACAUGAAUUCUUCAGAACAAGCCCAUGCAGCCACAAUGCUACUUGACACAUUGGAAGAAGGGGCAUUUGUCUUGGCUGAUAAUCUCUUAGAACCAACUAGAGUCUCAAUGCCCACAGAAAAUAUCGUUUUGGAUGUUGCAGUGCUCAUUACUGAGGGCCAGGUGCAGGACUUGAAAUUUCCUCAGGGCAGUAAAGGAGGGAACUCAAUUCAGCUCUCUGCAAGUACCGUGAAACAGAACAGCAGGAAUGGGUUAGCAAAAUUGGUUUUCAUCAUUUACAAAAGUUUGGGACGCUUUCUCAGUACUGAAAAUGCAACCAUAAAGCUAGGCAGUGACUUUGCUGGGCGUAAUAGCACUAUCGCCGUCAACUCCCACGUCAUUGCGGCCUCGAUCAACAAGGAGUCUAGCCGGGUGUACUUGACUGAUCCUGUGCAUUUUACACUGGAACACAUUGAUCCUGACAAUUAUUUCAAUGCAAAUUGUUCCUUCUGGAACUACUCAGAGAGGACUAUGAUGGGAUACUGGUCAACUCAAGGCUGCAAACUGGUUGACACAAAUAAAACUCAUACAACAUGUGCUUGCAGUCACCUAACCAACUUUGCAAUUCUUAUGGCUCAUCGGGAAAUUGUGUACAAAGAUGGAGUGCACGAAUUGCUCCUCACUGUCAUCACCUGGGUGGGAAUUGUCAUCUCUCUUGUUUGCCUGGCCAUAUGCAUCUUCACAUUCUGUUUUUUCCGUGGCCUGCAAAGUGAUCGUAACACUAUUCACAAGAACCUUUGUAUCAACCUGUUCAUUGCUGAGUUCAUUUUCCUAAUAGGCAUCGAUAAGACAGAGUACAAGAUUGCAUGUCCAAUAUUCGCAGGUCUCUUACACUUUUUCUUCCUGGCAGCCUUUGCCUGGAUGUGUCUAGAAGGAGUGCAGCUUUAUCUAAUGUUAGUAGAAGUAUUUGAAAGUGAAUAUUCUAGGAAGAAGUACUAUUAUGUUGCUGGCUACCUCUUCCCUGCUACAGUAGUUGGUGUCUCAGCAGCUAUUGACUAUAAGAGCUAUGGAACAGAGAAAGCUUGCUGGCUCCAUGUAGAUAACUAUUUUAUCUGGAGUUUCAUUGGACCUGUUACCUUUAUUAUUCUGCUGAAUCUUAUCUUCCUGGUGAUCACAUUGUGCAAAAUGGUGAAGCACUCAAACACUUUGAAACCAGACUCUAGCAGGUUGGAAAACAUUAAAUCCUGGGUCCUGGGUGCAUUUGCUCUCCUGUGUCUCCUUGGCCUAACAUGGUCAUUUGGCCUGCUGUUCAUCAACGAGGGGACUGUUGUGAUGACGUAUCUCUUCACAGUGUUUAAUGCUUUCCAAGGAAUGUUUAUUUUCAUCUUUCAUUGUGCCCUUCAAAAGAAAGUACGUAAAGAAUAUGGCAAAUGCUUCCGACAUUCCUACUGCUGUGGUGGACUACCCACUGAGAGUCCCCACAGUUCAGUGAAGGCAUCAACAACAAGAACUAGUGCUCGCUAUUCCUCUGGCACUCAGAGUCGUAUAAGAAGGAUGUGGAAUGAUACUGUGAGAAAACAAUCUGAAUCGUCUUUUAUCUCAGGUGACAUCAACAGCACUUCAACACUUAAUCAAGGAAUGACUGGCAAUUACCUACUAACAAACCCUCUUCUUCGACCACACGGCACUAACAACCCCUAUAACACAUUGCUCGCUGAAACAGUUGUAUGUAAUGCCCCUUCAGCUCCUGUGUUUAACUCACCAGCAACCUACAGAGAGACAAGACAUUCACUGAACAAUGCCAGGGAUACAAGUGCCAUGGAUACUCUACCGCUAAAUGGUAAUUUCAACAACAGCUACUCAUUGCGCAAUGGAGACUAUAAUGACAGUGUGCAAGUUGUAGACUGUGGACUAAGCCUGAAUGAUACUGCUUUUGAGAAAAUGAUCAUUUCAGAAUUAGUGCACAACAACCUGCGGGGCAGCAGCAAGAACCACAACCUGGAGCGCACGCUACCAGCCAAAGCUGUGAUAGGCGGGAGCAGUAGCGAAGAUGACGCCAUCGUGGCAGAUGCCUCAUCUUUGAUGCACAGUGACACCCCAGGGCUAGAGCUCCACCACAAAGAGCUUGAGGCCCCACUCAUUCCUCAGCGGACUCACUCCCUUCUGUACCAGCCCCAGAAGAAAGUGAAGACCGAGGGAACCGACAGCUAUGUCUCACAGCUGACAGCCGAGGCUGACGACCAUCUCCAGUCCCCGAACAGAGACUCUCUUUACACGAGCAUGCCCAAUCUCAGAGACUCUCCGUACCCAGAGAGCAGCCCCGAUGUUGAAGAAGAUCUCUCCCCCUCCAGGAGGAGUGAAAAUGAGGACAUUUACUACAAGAGCAUGCCAAACCUAGGAGCUGGCCAUCAGCUUCAGAUGUACUAUCAAAUCAGCAGGGGUAAUAGCGAUGGCUAUAUAAUUCCCAUUAACAAGGAAGGAUGUAUUCCAGAAGGAGAUGUUAGAGAAGGACAAAUGCAACUAGUGACAAGCCUUUAA